CGAACGCCGUCCGCCGACCGAUGACGCGCUAAUUAGGCGACGCUCUCCGGGUUUGUGUAUCGGCUGCUAACGCCAGCUUCUUCUUUGUUGUUGUUGGGGUUUCGCCUCCCAUGGGGACUCGUCUCCAGAUCCUGGAGGAGAGUCUCCACCUGGAGGGUGCUGCUGUGUGUCAGAUGGAUGGAGAGGGUCCACGUAGCCCCCGCCCUGCCUCCUCCUGCGCCCCGCAGGUGGUUCUAGUGACACAUCAGCGCACCUGAGGAGGGCUGAGAUGCCGGAGGUGGACGUCAAAAGCGUCUACGGAUGUACAACCAGAGAGAACAUGAUCGUUUUAACCAUCUUUCAUCAACCAUGACUUAGACUUUUCUAAAGAGAUACUGUAUAAAACAGUAUUUAAAGAUCGGUUUUAUAUUUCCUCAGAAGCCUGCUUUAGAGUCUGUUAAACCCGAGCCAUGUUGGAACACCGGCUUCACAUGAAACCUUGAGCUGUAGUUGAUGGGGAGGGGGCUGCCAGUACCAGAAUUGGCCCGCCAGUCAGUUCUGCUCUAAACCAGGUCUGAUCCAUGACUGAGUACUACGAGGAGGGGGGGCUGCUGUACGAGCAAUCACCUCCCAUGCACAUCAAAGUGGAGUCCCCGGAGGGAGCCUUUGGAGGGCCGGCCUCAGAGAACGGCUUCCCCAGGGAGGAUGAAGACUCGGAGAACAGCUGUGACCAGACCGGCGCUUUAGCUGGAGGACUUCCCUUCAACGUGGUAGUGGUGCAUCCCAACAUCAUGGCGCCCGGCAUGUCCUCGGACGACCUCCUGUCCAUUGAGCAGAACAGAGCCAUGUCGGCCGCGCUGGCCGCUGGAGGGGCGGGUAAAAGGAAGAGUCGCUUCAGCGGGGCGGAGCUGGAGGUGCUGGUGUCAGAAGUCACCCGGUGUGAGGGAGAACUCUUCGGCCCCGCCGGGAGGCUCCGGCGGCGGGAGAGAGAGCGCAUCUGGGCUGGGAUCCUGGAGAGAGUCAACGCCGUGUCCAGAGUGCCGCGCACGCUCCGAGAGGUGAAGAAGCGCUGGGACGACCUGAAGAGGCGCAACGGCGGCAGGCUGGCGGACGCCCGCCAUCGCAGCUGCUACCUGCCGUCCAGCAGGGGGUCUUCCAUGCUCGGGCGCUCCUCUCAGCCGAGUCCGAGGCUCCAGCAGCAGAGGCAGAAGCAGAGCAGCAGGCUAAGGCCCCUUUUGCCCUGCUUGCCUGACUCUGAUGGAGGUGUGGGAAUGGACGGAUCAGAGAGGGAUGGCUUGGAGAAAGAGGAGGACAUUUCUGAGCGGGAGAGGGACAUGGGAGAGCCCGACUGCGAGCCGGUGGAAAACAGCAUAGAUGACAAACUGGGACUGGGACUGGGUCUGGGGAUAGGACCUCCGCCUACGUCGGAGCGGUGGCUGCCUCCUUCUCCUCUCUACAGCGCUCCGUUCCUGAAUGGCAGCCCCCAGCCCGGCAGCCCCCAGCCCAGCAGCCCGCAGCCGUCGUUUGGAACGCAGCAGGGUCCUCUUGAAGCCGCCCCUCGCGGCUCCUGGCUCGAGGAUGAGCUCCGGGGGUUGGGGGAGGCCGCCAUUCAGCUGGGGAAUCGGGUCGAGAAGAGCCUGCGGGAGUUCGGCGAAAGCUUCCGACAGGAUAUGAGAACCCUUGUUGCUUCUCAAGAGGCACUGGUAGUCAGCCUGCAGCAAAACAAUGUGCUCCUGCAAAGGCUUCUGGGAGUGCUGGAGGCCCAGCACCAGCCGCAGCCGCAGCCUCAGCAGCAUCGGGGACAGCAAGCGCACCCCUCGCAGACGCCUCAGCAGCUGCAGCACAUAGAACCACAGCACCUGCAGCAGCAGACACAGCAGCAUCAGACACACCUACAGCAGCAGCCGCUGGUCGCCCAGCACUCCAGCAAUCAGCCAGCCGUAGCGGCGGCGGCGGCGUCCGCACCAUCAUCCCCGGAAAUCCACGGCACUUUUUCUCCCGGUCCAGCCGCAGACACGAGCGGAAACCUGCACCGGCCACGGCGGGGGAGAGCUCUGGACCACAGGCGCAAAAGACGCCGCUGAGAAUGUAUUUAAAAAAAAAAA